UCAUUCUCUUCCUUUUACUACUGCCUUCUUCAUUCAUCAUCAUGACACUUGCUGGUAAAAUCAGCUGUGAAAUUGAGGUUCAUGCAACUGCAGCAAAGUGGUUCAACCUAUUUGCAAAGCAACUCCAUCAAGUUCAAAACCUUACUGAUAGAGUCCAUGGAACCAAGCUCCAACAUGGUGAAGACUGGCACCACCCUGAUUCCAUCAAGCACUGGACUUAUGUCUUAGAGGGUAAGGUGACAACAUGUCUCGAGAGAAUUGAAUCUGUUGAUGAAGCAAACAAAACAAUCACCUACAAGCUUUUCAAUGGAGGCAUCGAUCAGCAGUUCAAGCUCUUCAAGUUCAUAUUUCAAGCAAUUCACAAGAACAGUGGUGGAGCUAUUAUCAAAUGGACCAUUGAAUAUGAAAGGGUUAAUGAGAAAGCUGAUCCUCCAUAUGGCUACGUAGAGUAUCUGCACAAAUUCACUAGAGACAUUGAUGCUCAUCUUCUCAAGGCAUAGCUCCAAAACGAUAUGCAGAAAACUAAAAAUAAUAAUAAUAAUAAUAAGAAGAAGAAACAAUGGGCUUGGCCCUAGGUUUAUUAUAAUAAUAUAUAUGUGUGGCGUUUGACAAAGGAUGGUUAUGUUAUGUAGAUCAUUCCUUUGUGUGGAAUAAACUUGGAUUUGCAUG